UUUCGGUUGUGGGGUGUCUGCUUGUGGUUUUGGUUUGUUGGGUUUUUUUCCCCCCCCCCCCUUUUUUUUUUUUUCUUUUGGCGUGGGGCGAGCGCUCUGCGUUUGGAGAAGGAGCCGGAGGGACAAGGCUACCGCUCUCCUGCCCCCGCCGUGCGCGCAUGUGUGCGUGUGCGCGCCCAUCUCCCCCCCGCCUCGCAAAAGUUUGCCUGGGCAGCCGGGGGGCUCCCGGGCCGCCGCCCCCUCAGCCGGGGGGAGCGGCGGAGGCGCGGCGGAGCGGCGGAGGCGGCGGCGCGGGACUUGCGCGCCGCGCGGGAGUUGCGCUCCGCGCCAUGCCGGCGGCGCGGGGGGCUGCGCGGCGCUGCGCUCUGGCGGGGUCGCUGCUGCCGGUGCCGCCGCCGCCGCUCCUGCUGCUGCUGCUGCUGCUGCCCGGUGCUGCCGGCCGCGGGGACCGAGGGCAAGGCGCGGAGCUGCGGCGAGGUGCGGCAGGCGUACAGCGCCAAGGGCUUCAGCCUGGCCAGCGUGCCCUACCAGGAGAUCGCAGGGGAACAUUUGAGAAUCUGCCCUCAGGAAUAUACAUGCUGCACCUCAGAAAUGGAGGACAAGUUAAGCCAACAGAGCAAACUGGAGUUUGAAAACUUAGUGGAGGAGACAAGUCACUUCGUACGCACGACUUUUGUAUCCCGGCACAAGAAGUUUGACGAGUUUUUCCGAGAACUUCUGGAGAAUGCGGAGCGAUCCUUGAAUGACAUGUUUGUCCGGACAUACGGCAUGCUGUACAUGCAGAACUCUGAGGUGUUCCAGGACCUCUUCACGGAGCUGAAGCGCUAUUACACGGGAGGCAACGUCAACCUGGAGGAAAUGCUGAACGACUUCUGGGCUCGGCUGCUGGAGCGGAUGUUCCAGCUUAUAAACCCCCAGUACCAUUUCAGUGAGGACUACCUGGAGUGUGUGAGCAAGUACACAGACCAGCUGAAGCCCUUUGGAGAUGUGCCCAGGAAGCUGAAGGUUCAAGUGACUAGAGCGUUCAUUGCUGCACGCACCUUUGUUCAGGGGCUGACAGUAGGCAGAGAGGUUGCGAACAGAGUAUCCAAGGUCAGUCCCACCCCAGGGUGCAUCCGGGCGUUAAUGAAGAUGUUGUACUGCCCUUACUGCAGAGGACUUCCCACUGUGAAACCUUGCAACAACUAUUGCCUCAAUGUAAUGAAGGGCUGCCUAGCAAAUCAGGCUGAUUUGGAUACUGAGUGGAAUCUGUUCAUAGAUGCUAUGCUUCUGGUAGCCGAGAGAUUAGAGGGACCAUUCAACAUUGAAUCAGUCAUGGAUCCUAUUGAUGUCAAGAUUUCUGAAGCCAUCAUGAACAUGCAAGAGAACAGCAUGCAGGUGUCAGCAAAGGUUUUCCAAGGAUGUGGCCAACCUAAACCAGCACCUGCCCUGAGAUCUUCCCGUUCUGUCCCUGAAAACUUCAAUACCCGGUUUAGACCAUAUAUCCCAGAGGAGAGACCUACAACUGCUGCUGGGACAAGUUUGGAUAGGCUGAGGACUAUCUGGAGGACAAUGCAACAUGGUGUAACAGACAUUAAAGAAAAGCUAAAGCUCUCUAAAAAGUUCUGGUCAACAUUGCCCUACACAAUCUGCAAGGAUGAGCGAGUGACAGCCGGUCUGUCCGUCGAGGAGGACUGCUGGAAUGGCCACACCAAGGCGAGAUACUUGCCUGAGAUUAUGAGCGAUGGCUUGACCAACCAGAUCAACAAUCCAGAAGUAGAUGUGGACAUCACAAGGCCAGACACCUUCAUUCGACAGCAAAUCAUGGCCUUACGUGUCAUGACUAACAAACUGAAGAAUGCGUACAAUGGGAAUGAUGUCAACUUCCAGGAUACGAGUGACGAAACCAGCGGCUCAGGCAGCGGGAGUGGCUGCACAGAUGACAUCUGUCCCACCGAGUUUGACUUUGUCACCACCGAAGCACCGCCUGUCGACUCGGACAGGAGGGAGGUGGAGGCUUCAGCCACACAGCCUGGCUGGUCACUGCAGACAUUGCUCGUCAUCUUCCUCAGCCUCGUACUGCAGAGACAGUGGAGAUAAUCCUGGAUCUAGUCAGACAAACUGUGUUUUAGCUACAGAAACAGCCUACUUUCUUCUUUUCUUAUACUCUUGGACAAUGGACCAUGCCACAAACGCAGUUUUCUACAAGAUGGCAGUUACUGCAACCUGCUUCCCAUUUUAGUUUUCCCAAAGAGUACCAGGUGCCAGACUGAACUGCUUCCGGCUUUUUUCAGAUAUCUCUGAAGACAAUAUCCACUCUUAAGAGAAUUCUUUCUCAAUACUUUAUUACAGGAGACUUUCUGCGCUUCAUUUCCUUUUAUGCUGCAAAAGGGAAAAAAGAUCUUAGAGUAUGUGUUUUUCCCCAGUGAGAAAAAAGACGGGGGAAGAAACCAAGAAAGUUUUCUUUCUGAAUCAAGCCUGACUCAAGGCUGCUGCAUUUCAACAGAAUAUCAACAAAACAAAUAAACAAACAAACAAAAAAGACAAGAAAGGAACAAAAAAAAAAUGCAACCGUUCUUCACUGACAGCCAGGUUUCCUUUAGGAACUUCUGUAGGAUGAUUCAGGUCAUCAGAAUGAUCACUGUUAUAGGGAGGAAGGCUGGAUUUUUUUUUUCCCCAACACUAAAAAAAUAUGUCUCAGCAGUGAAUGUCUUGCACUCCAUCUGCCAACCACAUCAGAUUGGUAUGAAGGUAGAGAAGCUGAAAAAUAAGUUUAUCUUUUAGUAUGGUAGUAGCUCCACUAGCUUCAGAAUGUCAUAUUACAGCUGCUUAGGAUUUGAAUCUUAAUGCCCAGUAAAAAUAUGAGUAGUAGCACGAUUUCACCUAGUUUCUUUUAGGAUUUAUCCAUGUUAUAGAAUUGUCACAGUUUUCCACUUAGCUCACCCCUGUGAGCUCACCAGCCAUGAUGGUAAUGUUAAACAACUCUCUUGACCCCUCACGGGUUCAGACAGAAAAUAAUCUCUUGUGAUGUAAUCUUUUCCUUUUGUUGCUGUUCUGACAUCGAUUAGAACUUUUUGCUACUAUGUCCAUUACCCCACCAAGACAGCAAUUCUCUAACAGACUAACAGCAACCGGAUCAAUAGUGUGUUUCACACCUAACUACAUCUUUCAUAUCAGUUAAUUUCAGUGUCGCGAGGAUUUCUUCUACAAAAUUUCAGAUCAAACAAAUAUAUAGUACUGACAUGGAGAUUUCUUUCACUUUUUUAGUCUUAGUAUGAUCAUCUAUUUUUAUAUAUAUAAAUAUAUAUAAAUCACAGAUUUUAACUUCUUAAUUACAAGCUCAGGGUUGACACUUCUUUAUAAGGAAAAAAAUGUUUGGUCAACCAACUCUUCUUUUUUUUGCUGCUCUGAAAAGUAACCCUUUAAUGACUGGUGAGCAUGAAAAUCAAAGAAGAGAAUUUUUUACAUAUCCAGUUGUCCAUUUCCUAUCAAGUUUGCAGGUUGGUGAAGAAAACCUCUCUCAUAUGUGUGUAUUUGGUGGAGGGGGCAGGGGGGAGCAUGUGAGUUUGUAUGAUAGGCCUAGAGAAGGACAUGGAUGUUAAUUGUGAUGGUAUUCGUACUUCAGAUUCUUCAAGGAUACAUUGCUUUAAUAAUCAUUGUCUAAAUGGUUAUGGUCUGGGAUAGAGUUUCCCUAAUUUGCAUCUGGUCAUAAAACCCAAGAUGGAAGCUGUUUAAAUCCUGGACAAAUGUGUGUCAACAAUUAGACAUCAAAAUCUUCCUUCUUUUAUCAACCACAGAUGAAGGAUUUUUGGGGCAAUUCUGCGUGGUGUUGAAACUACUUGCCAUAAAUUUAUUUCCUGAUUCUUACAUUGACUCUGGAAAUGGUAUACACAAAUUGUGGUAACACUGUAAAGCCAGCCAACCACAUUCCAAUUUAGCAGCAGAGCAGGUAGAUCAUAUCCAUUGCAAUCGCUUUUUCUUGUCAAAUUAUAAUUAGCUAUCGAUUUAGGCAUGAAAUUAAAAUAGAAAACACACAGCACGUUAGACUAAAGUAUACUUAAGCACUUUUACCAAAAAAAGUAUUUACAAUCUAUUUAUAUAGUAUGUCUAAUAACAAAAAGCAUAAGUUUUGAGCCACUUGUAUUCAAUUUCUUUUCUUCCCCAUUUGUUUACUUUGAAAUAUAAUGAUAGAUAGCAUCAUAGAAUCAUAGAACCAUGGAAUGGUCUGGGUUGGAAGGGACCUUAAAGAUCAUCCAGUUCCAUCCUCCCCUGCCAUGGGCAGGGAUGCCAUUCACCAGAUAAAGUUGCUCAGCCUGGCCCUGACAGGUGGUCUGUUCUUCUGGGCCCAGAUUAGUAUGUCUCUGUCUAAGUGUGCAGAUCACAUGGGUCUUACAUGGCCAUAGCAAUGCUUCCUGCUUCUCCAAAUGUUCUUCCAGGAGCAGGUCUUCUGAUUGAGCAUUUACUGUGCCCAGGAAGUUUAAGCCAAUUCUCAUAGGCUUUUUCUUUUGCCCUGGUACAGCAGGUAUCAAGCAGAAGGUCUUUGCUUUCAAUUUUUUCCUGAACUUGCACAUGCAGUUUCCUACAAGGAGAACUCUGUAAAAAUCUCCCCUGGUCCAUCUUUUUCUACCCAUCUCCACAUCCUCUCUACAUCCUCAGUAACUGUUUCAGGAGAAGUUAAGUUUGAUUUUUAUUUCUCUGGUUGUGUGUUUAUUUGGUGGUAACUGAUUCCAUUUCCGUCUGCUUAUUCAGGAUCUGAAAGCUUAUUGACAGGCUAAAGUGUCCCAAGCCCUCUGAUGCAAGUCCUCUGUUGUCCUUGCUCCACUCCGCUAGUGAAGGAGCUGAUGGACUCAUCGGGUUUUUGUGCUACAUGUUUUGGCACACAUGUAGGUGAUCUGAUGCCUAUUUUCAGCUGGUGCAGCCAAGGUGUGUGUCCAGGGUGCUCCCAUCUAUUUGCAGACUUCCAUGGACUUUUGCACAAGGAGUAAGUUGGAUCCUUUUGGACAAGGAGUAAGAAAGAACCAGGGGUUCACUGAAGACGUUCAUAACUGGAGGAGCUUGCCCUGCUCUUCUUGAACUAGAUCUUAUAAACUGCCACUCAAACAACACACCAGCUUAAUCUUUGCCAAAAUGUGAUUCUUGCGGGAGUUCUGCCAGAAAUUUUUGUCUUUCAUAUUAUUAUUUCUCCUCUUGUUUUGCUACUAUUCAUGGUGAUAUUUUGUCAGGAGAUGGAGAUGCCUUUGCGUGAAGUUACUGUGUAUACAUUUCUUUAAUAGUCCCUAAAGGUUGAAUACACUCUUCAUACAUUGCAUUUUUCUGAGAUUAAGAGAGCUAUUAAAUCUACAGAGAAAAUUAAAUUGGGAAUGAAGGACAGAAAAGAAAAAGCAUUCAUGUUCAUAAAUGUGAGAAUCUACAUAAUUUCCAGUUAUUCUAUUUGCACAUCCUUUGCAUCCAAUAGCUCUUCUUCUGAGGUAAUUUUUUGGUGUGCCACAAUUUAAAUAUUUCUCUUCUGUUAGCAGCAGAUAAAGUAAGAAAUUAUAAAGAAGACAAUUACAUGUUCAAGAAAAAGGAGCUAAGUUCUAAGGAAAAGUCCUUUGAUUGUGUAAACCCUCUAUGCUGCGCAAUCUAGAAGUUCUUCACAUGUAAUUCUCUUUUAAAGUGGAGGCUAAUAAAAAAUGAGGUGCUAUUAAUUACAUAAUCAUUGCUGUAGACCCAUGUGAGGUCUUUUCAAUAUUAACUGAGUUGUUUUUGCAUCAUCCCCAAAUUUUUCAUGUUCAUUGUACUGCAGAUUUUUCUACUGAUGAGUCAGUACAUAGUACUGUAAAUGCAGUGCAGACUACCUGGACUCUGGCCAAACUUAGGCAUUUCAAAAAAAGACAAUCAGAAAAAAUUGAAAAAAGAUAAUAGAAAUUUCCUGCAAAACAGGAAGAGGAGGAAACUGUGCCUCGGUGUUCUGGUAAGGGUUGAUCUAUCCCAGUUCCCCAAGAGGCAUCAUAGACCUCUGUCCAUGGAAAGCUCCAAAAAUCUGAGUCUCAGAUGCACAAAUCAUCCCAGUUCUGUGGGACUUUUAGGAAGAAUGAUCCCUACAGAUGAGUGAACCAGUUUGAGCUGCUUCCAUGCAAAAUGGCUUUACUGUGCAUGUGACUGAGCACUGGCACAGAUUGCUCAGAGAGGCUGUGGAGUCUCCCUCACGGGAGAUAUUCAAGAACCAUCUGGACAAAAUCCUGUGCUGUGUGCUCUAGGAUGAUCCUGCUUGAGAAGGGAGGCUGGACCAGAUUGGCCCACUGCAGUCCCUUCCAACCUGACCCAUUCUGUGAUUCUGUGAUUCUAUGAGCUGGAGCUGUUCUUGGGAGGUGGACUCUAUGUGCAGUGUCUCAGCAGGCAGCAGUUGCCUUCAGUUUACUAACUGAUUCUGAAUCAUUAUAAAAUGUAACUAUACUUAUUCACUGAAACUUUUAUUAUUUCAACAUAAAAAUAAAUUACAGCACUGAUGCAAGUUGUGGUUUUUGUUUUUAAUUUGCUUCCAAAGAUAGCCCAUUAGAACUGUAUACAGAAAAUUUUAGAACAAUUAUGCAAGUUUCUAUAGAUUUCAUUAUGGAUAUUUAAAAGAAAUCCACAUUUCAAAGACCACAAAACUGUGUUUAUUAUACUAACCCACAAAUGUUCAAACCUGCUACAGGAGAAUGGAUAGUAUUAACAACAGUGGAAUGUUACAUAAAAUUGAAAAAAGCCAUAAUUUUAAAGGGAAAUUCAGCAGUCAAAGGCUAAGUCUUAGUGUCAGUACUGAGAUUAUGUUGUCAAAACAUAAUAGACUCAGCAAUGCCUACUUUCAAGAAAAAUAGGGCAGGUGAUGCACUGAACAUGGCAAUGUUUUCAUUACAACUACUCAGAUGGACUGUGAGGAUCACAUUAAUAUGUGUAAUUAUGACUCUUUUUGGAUAAGAUAAAGACCAGAGUACCAUGGUAACAGGGUGCAUGAAGGAUAAAUGAUAUGAUAGUAACAAUUUCCUCCUCUGUUAAACAGUAUAGGAGACAUAAUGGAGAAUGAAAGGCUUUGAUUUUUAAAAUAAAGUUCCAACAUCGGACAAGAGUGAUGAUCUCAAAAUAAUUUAGUCUGAACAUUUUUCAACAGUCUGUCUUAUUCAAAUCUGCUGACCAAUAAAAACAACCAAUCAUUUGAGGGUAAUUUGCCAAAGUAACAUGAAGUACUCACUUACAGUAUCUACUUAGUUUUUCUACUAAGCUGAGUAUAUAGUUUAUGGUUCUGAUUGUGCAUCAUAUGAGGUCAUAACCAGACUUGUGCAUUGCACCUGUGUGAAAUCCUGAUGCCAUGACAAAGCAAAUGGGAGCUUUGUCAUUACCAAGGAUUUUGACUACAAUAAGGGAGAAAAAAAUAAGUCCCUUUUUUUCUGGAAGCUGUUCAUUUGUGGUUUAUUUCUGACUCUUAAUAAAACAAUAACACUGUCCAUAGAAGAAGUGAUGCUAGCAUUGUCACCUGCAAGUUUUCAACCUUUACUCCAAAGCAGUUGCAGUCUUUCUACCUGGUUUUCCCCACAGCUGAGGUCUCUGGACUUUCCAGGAGUUCAAGAAAGUCAUAUAUGUUUGUCCAUAGCUUAAAGUCUACACAUUUAAAUCAAAUCAUUUCAAGAAAUUGGGUCAGUAUUUCAGUCAGCUCUUAUUUCACCUUCAUAUUUAAUUAUGUAGCAUUGAUAAUUAACAAUAUAGCACACAUGAAAGGCUUUUGUUUCACACCAAGGGAAAAAACCUUCUUCCUUUUCCUCCUUUAUUCUGCCACCAAGAAAUCUGUGUGGUUUAAUACUUAAAGCAGUUGGCAGCAUCUGGUGUGUAGUUUGUUUAUUAAAUUCAGAACAGCUGCAUUACUAAGAGGAGUUGUCUUUUUCCUGAGAGGGAAUAGGGAGUGUGUCCAUUUAUCAUUAGCAAAAAAGAUGUACAGAAUGUCGACUAUUUAUCUUAGAUAUAGUGGAGGUCCAUCUGUCAGCAUUUCUGAAGAUGUUUUAAAGUCAAAUUUCCAGGAAAGACAAAUCUACUCCCACUAAAACAUAAAUCAGUAUAAUUUUCUUCCAUGAAAAUAAUACAGAAUAUGUGGUUUUCAGUUCCAUGCAUUGAGGGAGUUAGAAAGAAAUUUCAUUUCUCCAAAGUGGGAAGCUAGCCAUUUAGACAACUCUCCUUCUCUCAUCUCCUGCAGCUCUUUUGUAGCUCUCCAGGGAUCUCCUGAGCCCCCACAGAGAUUGUCUGAGGCAGGGAGCCUCCUGGGUAAGCAAGUUGUCCCUGCCAACAAUGGAGUUUGUUUUUCCAAGAUGAAUAGAAGGACAGCUGAGGAAUGAGUUGGGCAGAGUGACUUCAACAGUGAGACCCAGCAGAUAUAUAUGACUGUGCAGGAUCAACAAUAAAAUCAGGUGAGGGAACAGCUGGAGCCCCUCACAUCCAUCCAGCUCUUCUUUUCAACCUACUGCCUGUAAAUUUUCAGUGUAGUCUGAUUAUAACUAUCUACUCAUGGACAUAGCAAAGGCAUAAAUAUUGCUUCACAAGUCAGCAGUGCUUUGGUAGUCUUCUGCAAAGUUUCUCUCUCUCUUCUCGUUUUCCUGAUAGAAUGAAUCUGUAUCUUUCAGAGUCUGAGGAAAAGCCUACUACCUAAAACAGAUUUCUGUGUGUCAAUAGUCCAUUUUUCAUUUUUAAAAAGUCUUAUUUAGGCACAAAAGUUGUUCACAUGUCUCAUAAAAAUUACUCAAUUUCACUAUGCAUCAAAUGAGUUUUCUUCUCCAGCCUGAAAAUGACACUCAGAGGAGGCUUUGAAGAAAGCCCAAACUCCAUUAACCCUCUAAGUUUCUUAGAGGUCUCCCAAGUUCUGCUAAAUAUCCCAAAUACCAGGUUACAGGUGGACAGUGCUUCUUCUCAUCCCUCCUCUCCUCACUCCUCACCUCAAAGUAUCAUCCUGGCCCUGAAAACCUUUCAAAAUAAACACUUCAUCAUUUCAGCCAGUGCAUUAAAAAAAAAAAACAAACUUUUGCCUUUGUGUUUCGUGAUGAUAGAUAAUUCUAACUAAUUCUAAUGAUUCUAAUGCUUCCUGUGUGCCACAUAUCCUAUCUGUCUUUGAGUCACCAGUGUUGGCUAUGACAAUUUUCUUCUCCAGGCUGAACUGUCUUUUCUGUCAUUUUUAGUUCACUGGAUUUUCUAUCUCACUGUGUCUUUGGUAGCAACUACAGCUUCUAUUUUCAGACAUAGGAAGUAGCAACAGGGAGAUUUGGUUCACUUAUUUGGGAGGUUUCUAUUGGGCUUUAACAAACCCCACCUUUAGCUUUUAUUCUCUAUUCUAAACAUGUUUGUGUGGAUGUAUGUUCUGGAUUAUCUGACAUAAAUCCUGCUGACUCCUUUUUUCCAUCUAUGACUAGAGCUUAUAGGCUAUAUUUUGGGUUAUUCAUUCAGCUGUGGCAAAAUUCUACUUCUUUCUUAUAACUAUAGCCCAAAAUUUCUGUUUUGUUAUUGUUCGGUAUGCUGAUGAGCCAGCAAGGUCAGUGCCAAAGGACUUGUGGAUUUUCUGUAGCAAGAUUAACUGAAUGGGCAACAACUUCUGGAAACAAUUCAUAUUGCUUCUGUAAUUGAUUAUUUUGAGGUCUGGUGCUGGGUAUUUUAAAUUUCAUUUUAUUUCAUUUUAACAUUGAGGGCUUCAUUUCAUUUACUUCACACAUGGGCUACAUGUAUAUUACAUUGUAUGCAUAUAAUGUAACUACAGAUAAAUUUUUUCAGUCUUUAGAUCACACAGAAGAUUUUUUAAGCAGUUGGUUGAUCUUAGGGGUUUUUUUUGAGAGCAACAGAGUGAUGAUCAGUCUCAAAAAUUUGCCCAAAGAGUAGUCAGAGGUCUUCAGAUUUCAGCUUCAUGCUAUUAGUUGAGUUUCAGGUUCCAAUAAUAUUUUGUAAAUAAUUUAUGAAUAUAUGUGUGUACUUGAGGGGAGAUGAGGGAGCAUUUGCAUGUCUGAAAUAUUCUGACACUUAUUUUCAACUUCUGCCUAAUCUGAACACAAAUCUACAAAUGAGGAAUUCGCAUUCAGAUGUUCAAGGAAGUCAAACUAAAUCAAUUGAUGGACAUUUAUAGACAGACUCCCCCCAGGUUACUUUUUCUUGCUGAUGAGCAACAUCAUUUAAUUUCCACUAGCAUUUUUGUUACAUUUCUCAAAUUCAAAGAAGGGUGUUGUUUAAGUAGCUCAGAUUUCUUGGUUUGGGUAUCAAUUGACAUUUAUACAUGUUUGUUAAACUUUUAUGACUCCAGACAUAUGAACAUUGCUUGAAAGCAUGCAAAUUGUUAGCUCUGGUUUUUAUGCUAUAUUUCUAGAUUAGUAUUUAACAUAGCUAAAUGUGAAUUUAUAGGGGUGAUAUAUGAAUGCAAAUCAAAUUUAGAAUAAAAUUAGUUUUAGAAAUGAUGUUGGGUUGAAAAGAUAUUAUUAAAGUUUAAACCUGCAUUUCUACUGAUCUGGUUCUAACACUUUGGCUUAAUCUGGCACAACAAAAACCCAAAACCAGUUUAUAGCUCAUACCUGAAACUAAAUAGUAGCUUCAAAUUUGGGGUUUUCAAAUCAAAAUGAAAGUUAGAGAAAAAUCCCAAGUUCUCCCAUCUCCAAGCGCUACUUACAAAGAUAGAAUAUUUAGCAGCAUAUGGCAGUGUAUCUGUGUGUAUAUAUAGCAGUAUAUCAAGGCAGGGUUUAGAACUUUUAAGGGAAAGAUUCUUUAUGGCUUUGUAACUUCAAAGUAUUGUACCACAGAAAUAGACAGAAAAAUAUAUACAAUCGUUUUGAUACAUUUGUGAAAUAGGUUUCCCAGAACCUGAUAUUUUUUUGUGCAAAAUGCCUUAAAUCAUUUUAUGUAGGGCUAAUGUAAUGGAAUUUAUUUCUGUAUAUAGCCUUUUAUAGUAAAUACUUCGGAUGCAACACUAGGCUUUUCUUUCCACUGCAAUGAUAUACAGCCUUAUGAUUACUAACUAUAACAGAGAGACAAUGAAAGCUCUGCUUUACUAGCUGUGAAUGCACUUUCAGUCCACUUGUAGACUGAGAGCUUGGAAGCAAGUAGUGGUGACAGUGCCAAGAGCACCAAGACCUUCCUGACGGCCAAUGUCUGCAUUCUCUCAGUCCUUUGCAACUGACUCUUUUAUCUCUCAUGCCAUCUGUCUUCAUGAAAAUCAGCUGCCACUUAGGGCCUCAGAUCAUUCCACCAAGCACUUCAGGGAGCACGUUGUCUUUGUAGAUCUCUAGUCAGCCUGCAGAGACAGGCACCUCCAUACCUGGGAAGGGGUUUACCUCACUUCCCAGCACAGGCUGCCUGGGAUGACAAGGUUUGUCAUGUAGAAAUCUCACUUAAGUGCCUGGAGGUAGAUGCUCCUAGAGAGACAAGAGGUCCAAACUUCAUCCAGACCCUCUCCUGUGCUUUUUUUUUGUUGGCCCAAUGAUGACUCUUCUUCACACCAGGGCUGGAGUGAGUAGCCUGGAGAGGAAUUCCACCUGGAGAAGUCACAGUACAAUGACAUUGUUACUGGGCCAAACCAACCCUGGUGCAACCAGAUGUACAACCAACAUGCAUUUGCUGUUCUGAAUGCUCCCUGACACUGCUGUGUUUAUAUUCUUACUUAUAAGGCAUUGGAAACAGUCAAAUAUUCUAGAUUCAAACAGGAAAGCACAUAGGCACAAGGGAUAGAGAUCAAACAGGUCUUUUCUGAAAUCCCAGAUGUCUUUGCAAGGCUGGUAAAAGCAGUGCACAGGGCUAAAGCCAGCUCAGACAGUUAGCAAAGAUCAUGAUGCACAUAGCCAAAGGACAGGAAGCAAAUUAAUGCAGUGCCUCAAAGAGUGAGGAACUGAGAUAAAAACACCCUUUGCGUUGAAUCAUUAAUGCACUUAGUUGUUUGUCAGUCUCAGCCCUUACUGCAUCAGUGAAAGGAAAAUACACAUCUAAGAGGUCAGUAGAGAAAGCAAGGUUAAUACCUACACGUCAAUGCUGACAAACCAUUCAUACACCUCUUAAAAACAGCUGAGUGGUGUGACAGAAAUAACUCGUUAAAAGCUGGACAAUAAUUAAGCACAUCUUCAUCUGUAUCCCCCUCCAUCUCUUGAGACUCCAAAUGAAGAAAAUAUUUUUCCUUCCCCAGAAUACUUCUUGGGGGGUUGGUACUUGAAAUGUGGCAGAAACUAAAAGCCUUAGCUGUGAAUCACCCAUUUCAGUCCAAUAUUCUAGGCCUCCUGCUCUUCUACUUUGUUUUCCUUUUGCAUUUCUGAGAAUGGCAUAUGCAGAUAGUGCACGUGAGGAUGCAUCUCUUUCCCUGUAUGCACAUUUAUGUAUGCAUAUACACACUAUAUGCAUACAUAUCUCUACAAAUACAACCACAGACCAGUAAAUUUCAAGCACAUAUGCUAUAAGAGAUUAUUGGAAAGGCUCAUUUACCACAAUACUUGACAUAGACCUAAUGAGAAGAAUCCCAGGCAGGGAGUUGUGCUUUAAAUAUGUUUAUACCUUGUGUCUCUAUAAGUGUUGAUGAAAUUUUCUGAAAUAACUGGAAAAGAGUGAGCCUGCAGAACUUAAUUUGGCAACAUCUGCUGCUACUAGUAAGGAACAGAUAAAACCCACGAUUUUCCAGAUAAAAACAGCAACCUAGAUGGUAUUUUGGGGCUUUACUGAUACGAGUUUCAUUAUCCCUUGGUUUCUAUUUGUGCACAAAAAAAAAAAAUCCUGUAGAAGCUCACCAAGCAUUUCAGAACCCCUACUUCCUUCCUUUCAGGCUACAAUAAUUGUUAAACAUUGACUUUUCUACAUUUAUGGAAGUAUGUUCUUUAAAAAUUAGUUGGGUCAAAUACUGGUGAUAAAAACCAUCAUCCUAGUUGGUGGGGUUUUUUUAAAAAGUGAACUUAUAAUGCAUGGAAAGUGGCUCUUACUUCUAAUUAUAUCAUCUACCCCCCCUUAACUGAAUUACAGCUUUAUAAUCACAUUGCCACUGUCCAUCACCCAAGAAUGACAUGACACAAUACCCAAGGGAUUACCCCUGCAGCAAUUGGGUCUUUUUCAUUUCUUUCUUCUCCGCAUACUUUCCUCCAGGAAGUUUUGAUUAGUAGAAAUGCAUUCCGAUUUCCCUGUGGAUAAAAAGAAGGGAAGUGUUUGACAUUUUCCAGGCAAUCUCAGACAGUGCUGCUCAGCCCAUUGCCUUUCCAUUUCCCCCUGAGUAUUUACUAAGUCCAGUGCACAACAGCUAAUGUGGUUUUCACAAAACAAUGAUCAGUAAUGUAAAUACCAUUUCUUCCCUCAAGAUUUAUAAUGAAUUCUGAGUUUCUUAAGCUUGUUUCUCUCACAGUUUUUCAUGUUAAAGAUGAUAUUUGGAAAUCACAGAACAGUUAAAACAUAAACCAUUGUGUUUCUGUUCUCUAGUAAGAAAAGCUUGACUGCAGGGAUAUUUUCUUGGCAGGGUUAUAUUAACAGUCAUUUAUGUGCAUAUAUACUUAUACAUAUAUAUGUAGAGCUGCAACUGCUUCUUUCAUAUACCUUAAAAUUACUACCAGAUAAUGAAUGUCCUCCUAUUAAACUCAUUUUUUGUAUUGCAUCUUCCUGAAAUAUAGACAUUAGAAGACCUUGCUGCUUAGCCAAGGCAAUUUUGCCUGGUGCAAUAUUAUGUUAGUAGACAAAGGCAUUUGAAAAAGUCAUACAUUUUAUUUUCUGAAUCAAUACUUCUUUUGCUGCCUACUGAAAAAAACCUUUUUUUUUGUGCUUACUACACAUCUGAGAGCUAGAAUAGGAUUGUAAUAUUCAGUAACAGACUGAAACAAUAACUAGCAUUCUUAAAGAUUAAUUUUAUUUGCCCUGCCUUUUGCCUGCAAACAUUAUCCACAUAAUGCUUUUCAGACAGAUUUUACCUUGUUAGUUUCCUUGCUUCAUAGUAUACAUAUAUUAAUGAAUAUGUAUUUCCAGUGGUGACAGUGUAAGGCAAGCUCUUUCUCUCAUAGUGUUAUUCUACUGUUUAUUCAUGUGCAUAUUUUAAAUUUGCAAUGGCUUGUUGGAAAGUCUAAUUGAUUGUUACUGACUACUAGCCAGAGUUUUCUUUUGUUAAGACACCAUUACAUAAAAUUCUGAUCAUUACAUGAGAAUUCACUUCUGAUUGUUAGAUCCAAAUUAUAUCCUUUUCAAAAUCACAGCAAACUCCUUAUCAAUGAAUCUCCACUAAAACAUUGCGUUAAAAAUGUCAGAAAACACAGUUUUUCCAAUUGUCUUCAUAAUAAGAAAUAAAUAGAUUUUCUGAGUUAAACAAGAUAUAUUGGCCUUUAUAAGAAUCUUGCCAUAAUUGGCAAAGCAUUAAAAUAUAGAACUCACAAUUCACUAGCUCUCUGUGCAGAAAGAGGAAUAGCUCAGCUAGAAAAUACCAGAUUGCUCAUCAGGGAAGUCUUAUUGAUGUAACACACAUAGUCACUUGCAGACCAUCUACUACAGAUAUCCUAUAGGUACUAUAACUAUAGGUAUCUAUAGGUAUCCUAUAGGUACUAUAGCAUAGUAUAGAUACUCUAGGUACUAUAACUACUGUGAGAUGUAGUAGAGAGAGUCAAACUCUCUGCUUCCCAGUGCCAUGAGAUUUCAACUGUCUAUACAAUCAACAGACAGAAGCAGGGAAACACAUUCUUUCCACCUGCUGUAACUACAUAUACUGUAUGUUGCUCUGACUUUUCUCUGUUGACAGUAAAGGGUAUUCUUGGUCUGGCAUCACGGCAUGACAAGUUCUGUGACUGAUUCAUUGCCAUCUUCAGCUUAGAAACCUUUCAAUAGAUGCACAAUGCCAUAGGAGGUGGUUUGCACUCAGCCCAUUAAUCCAAGUAUUAAGAGAUAGGUGACCAAAAGUAUUAUUUUUGGAGAGGUAACUAAGUGUAUGAAUUAAGACUUCCCAAUGUAACUCAUUUAAAUUCAAACUUUAGAAGUGUUCCAGCAACCUGGACAAUAUAAUUUAUGCUGUGUGAGGACUAUGCAAUGGAGGAUCAGAAACACCUUCCCCAGCCUCUCUGGUCCUCCUCCCAGAGAACCUAGUGAGAGUUUGCCAUUGGCUCUAGUACCAGGAAAAGCACAUCUAACAAGUUUGAUACUAACCAUUCAAAUCUGUGUUUAUAUCCUUACUGUCUAUCUCUCAAACAGCGCUGGUGACACUUACUAGUUCAUAAUUACAACAGAAAUAAAGUGUGGGACUAUCUUUUACACUGUUACUUAAUACUCAGUACUGUAUGUAUAUAUCUAUCUGACACCUCAGUGAAGACUUUGACAUGCCUUAUUCAUUCUAGUUAUUUUUAUGGUAUUGGUUUUGUUAGAUUGCUUUCCCAUAUAAAGAAUAAAACUAUAAAUGUUCUGACUUAAAAUUGUCCAAUUCAUUUUUAUCCAAGUUUUGUUAAAUCUAAAUCAUGUUCAUCAGUUCUUCUCAUUCCCAUCACCCUUCACUCACACUAGGAAGGCAAUGUACAUUGGUGGUUUAAAAACAGGUAUUUGAUAUUCUCUGAUGGACUACAAUAAAUAUC